CUGCUUUUUUUGUUGGUCGCAUUACGUUUUACCAUUUUUUUAUUGGACGUAUUUUUUAAACGCAAAAGAAGAGGAGGGGACUCUUGCUGGUGCUGGUGGAUUUGGAUAUACUGUUUGAAUAUUCCUUUAUUUAUUUUUUGGCUACUUUUCCACGUCUUUCCCCGUGUCCCCCCUUCUCCCACUUCCAGGAUGCACCCCCUGGUGAACCGCGUGCUGUUCCCGCAGCUGGCCGUGCUGCUGCUGCUGGUGCUGCGCGGCGGCGCGGCGCUGCUCUGCCUGCCCUGCGACGAGUCCAAGUGCGAGGAGCCCAAGCAGUGCACGGGCGCCGUGGUGCUGGGCAUCUGCGGCUGCUGCUCCGUGUGCGCCAAGCAGAAGAACGAGAGCUGCGGCGGCGUGUACGGGCUGUACGGGACGUGCGACGUGGGGCUGCGCUGCGUCAUCCGCCCUCCGCUCGACGGAGCCUCGAUCACCCAGUACGAGGUCGGAGUUUGCGAAGAUGAAAACUGGGAUGACGACCAGCUCUUGGGAUUUGAGCCGUGCAAUGAGAACCUGGUUACGGGCUGCAACAUCAUCGAUGGGAAGUGUGAAUGUGACAGCGUACGGACGUGCAACAACCCAUUUGAGUUUGCCAGCCAGGAAGCCUGUCAGACAGCCCUGAGGAAGAUCGAAGAGGAGAGACCGGACUGUUCUAAGGCCAGGUGUGAAGUUCAGUUUUCUCCUCGGUGUCCGGAGGACUCUGUGCUGAUCGAGGGUUACGCCCCACCGGGGGAGUGCUGCCCCCUGCCCAGCCGCUGUGUGUGCAGCCCUGCGGGUUGUUUGAGAAAAGUGUGCCAGCCAGGCUACCUCAACAUCCUGGUGUCCAAAAGCUCGGGCAAGCCUGGAGAGUGCUGUGACCUGUAUGAGUGCAAACCAGUUUUCAGUGUGGACUGCAGCACAGUAGAAUGUCCACCCGUCCUGCCGGUCCAGUGUCCAGCUGACAGCUACGAGACCCAGGUUAGACUGACAGCAGAUGGUUGCUGCACCCUUCCUACAAGGUGCGAGUGUUUGCCCAGCGUCUGCACCUUCCCGCAGUGUUCGGCUGGAACGUCCCCUCACUUGGUCUCCCGUGGCAACGGAACACCAGGGCGGUGCUGUGAUGUGUUUGAGUGUGUUAAUGAGACCAAGCCAGCCUGUACCUUCAACGGUGUGGAGUACCAUGAUGGAGACAUGUUCAGGAUGGACACCUGCCGCUUCUGCCGCUGCCAGGGCGGAGUGUCUGUGUGCUUCACAGCGCAGUGCGGGGUCCUCCACUGCGACCGCUACUACGUACCUGAGGGGGAGUGCUGCCCUGUCUGUGAAGAUCCCAUCUUUCCAGCUCUGAACUUUGCAGGCUGCUAUGUGAACGGUCAGAUCCUGGCUCACGGUGACCACUGGCGUGAGGAUGACUGCACGUUCUGCCAGUGUGUGAGCGGGGAGUCUCGUUGCGUGGCGGCUGCCUGCGGCCAUAGCUGCCUCAACCCCGUCACGGUGCCCGGAGAAUGCUGCCCUGUGUGUGAGGAGCCCACCUACAUCACCAUGGCGCCCCCUGCCUGUGGCCCGCUGGAGAACUGCACGCUGACGGUCCAGGACUGCAUGUACGGUUUCCGGCUCGACCAGGACGGCUGCCGCACCUGCAGCUGCAAAACAAGAGAGGAGCUGUGCAGAGGCCUGAUCUCCGGCUGCACGCUGAAGUGCCCGUUUGGUUUUCAGACGGAUGCUCAUGGCUGCACCGUGUGCCAGUGCCGACAGCGACACAAGAAGUGCAAGCCGGUGGCCUGUGCCAAGGACUGUCCAUUUGGCUUUGUCAAAAACAAGCACGGCUGUGACACCUGUCGCUGUAAGAAGUGCCCCGAGCUGCCAUGUGACAAGCCGUGUCCAAUGGGCUUCCAGCAGGACGAGCUGGGCUGCCUGAUAUGCCAGUGUCGAGACCAGAGCUCCUCUUCUGUGGGCCCUUCGGUUAAGCUGGGAUCGUGCCUCUCUAUGGAUGGACGCAGACAUGAGAAUGGUCAGAGUUGGCACGACGGCUGCAGGGAGUGUUUUUGUCAUGCCGGUCGAGAGAUGUGUGCACUUAUAUCCUGCCCAGUGCCUUCCUGUGACAACCCCAGCAUCCGCGCCGGCCAGUGCUGCCCCACCUGUCCAGACGAGUCCAGCUCUCACAAGCCGGAGCUGAGUGAAGCGUCUGUGUGCUUGGCACCGGGUGGGGAGUAUUUUGUGGAGGGCGAGACGUGGAACAUCGACUCCUGCACGCAGUGCACCUGCCACGUCGGCCGCGUGCUCUGCGAGACCGAGGUGUGUCCGCCUCUGCUCUGCCAGAGCCCUAUCAGAACGCAGGACUCCUGCUGCCCACACUGCCCAGAUGAGCCGGUCACCCCUCCGGCCCCCAGCAACGUCAGCAUGCCCAGCUACUGCCGCAACGAGGAGGGCGACAUCUUCCUGGUGGCCGAGUCCUGGAAGCCCAACGUCUGCUCCAGCUGUGUGUGUUUGGACGGAGUAAUCAGCUGCUUCUCUGAAUCCUGCCCUCCGGUCAACUGCGCCCGGCCUGUCCUCCGGAAGGGCCAGUGCUGCCCCUACUGCUUAGAUGCCACGCCAAGGGCCGUGUGCCACUUCAACGGCAAGACCUACGUGGACGAGGAGCGCUGGGACAUCGACAGCUGCACGCACUGCUACUGCCUGCAGGGUCAGACGCUCUGCUCCACCGUCAGCUGCCCUGCCCUGCCCUGCAGCCAACCCAUCACAGUGGAGGGCAGCUGCUGCUCCAUGUGCCCAGAGAUCGCCCCCACUAAUGUUCCCAUAGAGAAGACAGACCAACAUGGAGACAGACUGAGGCAUCGGCCGGCCUGGCCUACACACAGCGAGAAUGACAUAAUGCCCCAGUUCAGAGGUGAUUUCGGCAGCCUGCAGAUGCCAUAUCUGGAUGGGAAGACACCAUUGCCCAGUGAGGAUCCCAGUCUUCACUGGGCCUGGGUGGCUCUGCCCAUCCUCAUGAUGGUGCUCACUAUCGCCACCCUGCUGCUGAUCAAUCAGAGAAAGCAGUGGAUCCCAGUGCCUUGCUAUCACACUCCCACUAAGCCCACGUGUCUGAAUAACCAGCUGGUGUAUGUGGACUGCCAGAAGGGCACAAAAGUUCAGGUGAACAGCUCUCAGCGCAUGCUCCGCAUCGCAGACCCCGACUCGCGCUACAGCGGCUACUACAGCAUGCCCAAACACAACAACCUGCAAGCGGACAACUUCUACCAGACUGCGUGAGCGAGCGGGACCCAGAGCGAGUGUAAGAGGAAGAGAGAGAGAAAGAGAGAGAGAGAACGAGAGAAAGAAUGACACCAGGGCCUGCUGCCAAAAUCAAGAGAGCACAUAAAUCCAACUGCUACAGACUACAGACAGUGAUGGACACGGACAAGAGGACAUAGUGGAGGCCCUGGUAAAGAAAGAAGAACAAUCAUAACAAUAUCCAUGUUAACAGAACGUCACUCCGAAACGUGCGCAGGUAAACUGACGGUCUCCUCCGGGACGGGAUAACCACACCAUGCCGGAAUCUGCGGGGAGUGUAUUUAUUUGAACCGGAGAAGCUGAACGCUUCCCCAGAAAUAUUUUUGUGCAUUAGAGAAUGUGUGUUUGUGUGUUUGCGUACGUAUGUGUGAGAGAGUGAGAGAGCGUGUGAGAUCGGAGGUUUAUGAGAUCAAAAAAUGUACGUAUUUGGGAAUAGGACAGACUGGGUUGUUGUUUUUUUGUUUGUUUGUUUGUUAGUUUUUUUUUCCAAAAGUGAUAUUUUUUGUGCAUUCCUGCUUUAUUUCUUUUUUUAUUUUAUUUUUUUGGAAAAGUCAAAAAAACUUUUUGAUGAAAAGAUAGAGAGAGAGACACUAGAAACUCUUGAUUUAAGUGUGAACGCUGAACCAAAGCUUCUCUGGUGGGAGAGCCCCCCGGGGUUGGAUGGAGGUCGAAAAGGGCAGAAGAAAAGAAAAGAAAAGCAAAGAGUCGAGGCCUGACGAGUUCUGACCCUGUCCUCCUGUUCUGCCCCGUCCCCGCGUUCCGGUUUGGCUGUUAUAUUUGCCCCUGCGGAAGACGAACUGCGGUCACUCUGUUUGUAGUACUUCUGCUUAGAUGUAUGAGCAUUUUGCCCCUUUUCACAUAACAAUCAUCAGCUUCUUCUUUUGUUUUUGCGAGGGAGUGCAGACGGACUCUUUCUCACGCUCCGAGCAACGGUAUAUUUUGCGACAAAAGGGUUGUUGCGUGGUAUAAAAAAGAUUAAGAUAUAAAAGGUAGUUAUACUGGGUUUUAAUGAAUCUAUGCUACACAAGUGCUGCUUUUUUGUUGCUUUGAUUCUCUUAAGCCUUGUUUUCUAGGGGUUGAACUAUAAUAUGAGUAUUAAUUCCAUCCUCUAGAUAACAAUGAUGCAAGGAAAUGUAGAAUCAGAGAAGAUGAUCAAACGACUUUUGCUAAGGGGUUUUGAGAUGCAAAACACUCUUUAAUGAUUUUUUUUUCUCUCUUGUUUUUACUGAUUAUGAACCUGCCUCUUCCUCUGGAAGCUUCGGAAUGUUAUUGAAGCACCUUUGUUCUCUGUUUUUCCUCGCUUGGAAAAAAGAAAAAAAGCAGUCUACUUCAACAAUUGGCUUCACACAAAACCUACACACACACACACACACACAUUAUAGGAACAUUUAUGUACAUAAUAAUGCUACGACAAAAAAGACCUGAACUGUUGUGUGAGUAUAUACGUAUGUGUGUAUGUUUGUGUUAGCAUGUAUGUACGUGUGUGCACACAAACGCACAUGCAUGCACACAUUUACUUUGCUUCACCUGUAAAGUUCUCUGUUUCAUUUUCCUAUUGAAUGUAUUUAUGAUUGAGAUAAAAAAAAAAAAAGAUUUUUAUGGAAAAUCGAUGAUGAUGAUGAUGACAGGCAUUCCAUUGCCUUGCUUGUUUGAAAGUAAGUCAAGAGAAAGACAGGCAGAAAGAAAAAGACGAACAUCUCAUUCUAUAGUUAUUUGUUUUAUUUCGGUAAAAUAUUUUUGUUGGUUCAUUUUGACUUUUCUCUGGCCCUUGGCUGGAAGGUCUGCUCUUCAGCUGAGUUUCGUAUCUUCUGAUUCUGGUGUGUGGCUCUCUGUUGUUGUCUGACAGUUUCCCUGCGUUUCAGUUCUGUUUUUACCUGCUCUCUCUAUCUGUUGGUCUUGGUGCUGAGUAAAGAGGAGGAUAGCUACUAUAUUAUUAGGGAUGCACCAGGUAGGGGAUUGUAUCCUUAAGUCAAUACCUGCAGUUUUUUAUGAUGCAUAUCUGCAGAUGUUGAUACAUAAACAUUAAUACAAAUAUAAACUGGGACUUACAUGCACACCAGAAUUACACCAAAAAAAUCUAUUUAUGUUUUUUUAUUAAGCAAAUAAAAAGCAGAUUUCUUCAGCAAAUUUAAAAGUUAUCUUCUAGACACACUGCUCUAUCAUAUUGUCUUAAGUAUUUGUCAAAUCAUUAAAAGACUGUGAGCUUAUUCCUAGCCAGUGCCAAUGCUUAAUGAAAUAUACAGCUCUGAAAAAAAAUAAGAAACCACCUAAAAUUAUGAGUUUCUUUCAUUUUACCAAAUUGAAAAACUUUGUAAUAUUAUUAAGAGGAAGAUGGAUGAUCCAAAGUCAUCAUACCAAGCUGAACUGCUUGUAUUUUUGCAUCAGGAAUGGCAUAAAUUAUCAACAAAAUAUAACAAAUAUAACAAAAGCAGUGUGUAAGACUGGUGGGGGAGAACAUGCCAAGAUGCAUGAAAACUGUGAUUAAAAACCAGGGUUAUUCCACCAAAUAUUGAUUUCUGAACUCUUAAAUCCUUAUGAAUAUGAACUUGUUUUCUUUGCAUUGUUUGAGAUCUGAAGUCUCUGCAUCUUUUUUGUUAUUUCAGCCAUUUCUCACAAACAACUAUGUUCAUUUUACUCAAACAUACACCUAUAAAUGGCAAAAUCAGAGAAACUGAUUCAGAAACUGAAGUGGUUUCUUAGUUUUUUCAAGAGCUGUGUGAUAUAUUGCUUUUAAAUAUCAGACAAAUCUGAUCAUUGCCCAAUCAAGCUAUAUAAACUUGAAUCUCAGUUUUUCAAUUUCACAUUUUGACAUACCAUAUAUAUUGUAUAAGUCUAAGGUGUUGAUUUAAGGUUUUUCCAUCUCUAGUUAAAUUCCUGUUUUAUAGGUUUGUGCUUUUCAAAAAUAUUUAUGUAUUACAAAAUUUGCAUAGCUCACCGAUUACCUCACAAAAAUACCUUAUAUAACUCCCAGUUUACACAGUUGUCAAUAUUAGUACACAAGUUGCCAAGUUGGAAAAAUCAUCUAAUAUGAAUAACAUUUUUAGACAAAACAAAAUCUUUCUUCUCUUAGCCCUCAUUCAUGAAACACAAGCAGAACCAACUAAAUUGCAUGUCAGUUACUUGUAUAACAUUUUGUUAAUUAAUGCCCACAUUCAAAAAAAUGUGAAUAAAUGAAAGAAAUGAUAAUAAAUAAUACUCACAUCAAAUAAGGUUACACCCAUCAACCAAAGAAAGCUUUUUCUCCUAUUUAAACUGAAUUUAACCGGAGGUCAGUCUGGUUUCAUGAAUGAGGCUGCUUGUGUGCACUUCAUAGUUGUAAGGGGAAGCAGAAGAGGGUGUGGUAAUAGUAGGACUGAAACGCAGGCUAGUUGCUGGUAGUUGCUCCGUUGUUCUCGGUCACGGGUCCCUGGCAGGCUUCUGAACUACUGGAACCUCGGCAGACAUAAGCUGUUGAAGAGAGGGGGGGUGGGGAGGGGAGGGGCUGUACACUAGUGAUAGUUUGUCUUGGUUGUACCUUAAAUCUCUUGUCUGAUAAUGUUUGUAGAAUUAUACAUUUUGGCACUUUUAUAUAGAGAAAUACGUAACCUUUGUGUUUGUCUUUCUUUUUCUUUACUUCUCUUUUGUUUUCUAAAAAAAAAAUCCUUUUCAUAGAAAAAGUUGCCCUUUUUGUUUUUCCUAAGAACCUUGUGGGACCCUGUGCAGAGCAGUGGCUGUUCACCUGUUCCAAACCUAAUUCAGGAUGGUAGAGUUAUAAAAGCAUGACUAUAAAGUUUAUUUCCUCUUUACGAUUAGAUCAGAUCCCCAGCAGGUGUGAGCAAGGUGUUGUUGUUGUUUUGUCUAGGUGGCCAGAUGUGCAAAAAGUGAACAUUUCACUAUUAUUGAGACUCAAAGAGCAAUCAGUGCUUCAGUUUUGUGAGUAAGUAACUCUGCACCAUGCAGAAAGGCCAACAAGGCCAACAGAGAAGUUGACUCGCAGUCACGGCAGGUCGCAAAGUAUUACUGAGAGACGCAGUAAACAAACAGCGUAAUGGAACGCUGGGAAGGAUUGUUUUGUAGAAUAAACUGCCUCUACAAAGCAGCUACGACAGACUUUAGUGAGUUUAGUGCAUGCAUAAUUAAUGGGGAGCACGUCUAAUGGAUGAGCGACUCCCUUUCAAGUUGGAAUGUACCAUCAUCGCGCAUGACAAAGCAACGUCCUCCCCUGUUCAGCUCUUCUGAGCAGGUUUUAGCUUUUAUCUGUUGAUGUUAAAGUGAGGAAAGCCACUGAUUGCCUCCGCUUAAGGCGGAUCUGCACAUCCGAAAGGGUCUCGCAGGGUGAACGCUCUUAUUUUUUAGUGCAUUCUCCAAGUAUUGUUGUAAAUACUUGAGUGUCACUUGCCAAAACAGAAUUAAAAAAAAGACAAAAAAGGUUGGAAAGAGAAAAAAAUGAAAAGAUUUAAUUUAUUGUUUUUAAUUACCUUAAUAAUUUAUUGAUGAGCAAAGCAAUUGAGUGUAUAGGAGUUUCAAACAAAGACAGCUGAAAUCAUGCAGCACGUUUUGUUGUUUUGGUCUCUUCACAACGGUUCAGAGAUGCAGUCCAUGCUUGUCUCAUCCACACGUCGGCUGUUCUUUUCCUCCCCUACUUUUUUGUUCCGGAACAUUGCUGUUUCCAUGUUGGGAAUAAGCUAGGGGGCGUGUCCUGCGUUCCGGUGAGUAACACUUAAUGAACUCUGAGAACUUUUCUCCUAACCUCCCUUUCUUCUCCUCACUCAGUCUAUCAACAGGAAAUGAAAAAGAAAAAUCAUAGAACCCAUCUGAGUUUGUGUACUACUGGUGUUUUUAUGCUUGUGUAAAAAAAGCAAGAGUUGUGGAUAUUGGUGGUGAUGUUGCAGAUUUCUAACGAGGGUAGAUGAAGAUUUGACUCAGAAUUCCCGUAGCACAGCAGAUCUUUUUUUCAAUUUUCAUGUAUUAUUUUGUUUGUUUCUUUGCAGCACAAUAAAUACUUUUUAAACAGUU